AUGUAUCACCAGACCGUUGACCUGUUGAAGGGAUCUUUCAUAAAGAGUAGCCACAAUGCAGCUGAGUUCCGCAGUUCCUUUGACGACCGUGCUCACAAUGCCCCGAACGCACGUUAUCACGAGCCACGCGACCCGAUCGAGCAGCUGAACAGAGCCCGCCAGCUAGAUUCCCAUAGACCCGUUAGCAUGCCGCGUACCUUUUUGAGGACAAUUGAAGACGUACUCUCUGAAAAAGAUCAAGAGCGUGACAAAACGGCGAAGCAUCCCUUCGAGAAUGAGCGGAAUCAACGAGGAGCGACAGACCAUACCAUAUCACAAGACCGUACUGCAGACGCCGAAGAAUUGGUCAGGCGAGCGCUGUCGUUAAUGUUCCAACCAAAGUCCGAGACGCUACCGGAAACAGAUGAUCCAGGUGCCAUGUCAAAAGAACGCGACGAGUUCAUAAAUCCUGUCAGGCGUAUUAAUGACGCUUAUCUACGUCCUUCUCUCCUACCACAGUCUAUACCUGAGAUGCAACCAGCACCCUCGGAUAAGACACCACGAGAAACAAGGCUUGAUGGGCGGAAAUUAGGAUCCAGGGGCAAGAACAUCGCUUUCCCUGGUGUUCCCUCUGCCGAGUGUCGUGCUGUGCAAUACCUGCGACCUCCUCCACUUACAUGUGUCGCUCAAGCAAGCGUUCCGAACUCCGCGAAGGGACGCAUGAAUGAGCAUAGCGAACCUAGACCUAUAGCAAGGCACGUAGCUCGCAAGGGCCUCAACAAGCACCUGACCCAUAAACCUCUGGAGCGGGCGGCUAGCCCACCGGAUGACGAAGCAUGGUCUACAUCUUCGGAUCGCGAGGAGCCAGACGAGCAUCCGGGGAUCCCUGAGCAAGACGCAACGCACUCAUCAACAACAAACUAUUCGAUUGGAUGGCGAGACGUAGUAUGCCUGCUUAUCAAGAAGAACCCCGACGUCUCUGAUUGCGCUCUGCUAAAAGCAGUCACAGCAGCUCAGGGUAGAUUGGAUACCUCCCAUGAUGAUCAGGUCCCACCUCAGCCGACACAACAUAAUGCACAGUAUUGCAUUCUUCACAGAAUCAGUUGUGCAGCCGCCGACGGAUCUCUAACGAUCGGCCAAGGGCAGUUCCAAAUGAUCGGUCAAGGCCAACUUCCAAGAAUUGGCGAAGGCCGACCUUAUUUUGUCUCUGACGAUGAAGACGUAGAUCACCUACGCUACCAUACUCAUGAUUUCGUUCCAAAUAUUGAAGUUUAUGUGGCUCAGAAUCCUCAUUUAUCUUUCAUUGUCUUCAAAGACUACUACUGUUGCGACACCGAGGCGCCGGGUAGUAAUCGCAGUGGCGGUAACGAGCCGGAGCCCUGCAGCGAAUCUGUUCAGAUCAUCUCGGUAGAUCUACAUCAUGCGCUGCUCGUCGUGACUGGGUUUUCAAUACGCCGCGAGCUCUAUCCAAAGCUUGACGAGGAUAAGGAGAUACCAGGGCCUUACUUGUGGAUGUUUCAUGAGGAGGAACACAUUCGAACAAAUCUCAGCCACAUGCCUAGCAAUGACCGAAAGCAGAUAACCGUUUUUUUGGAAUACAUCCGUAAGCAUAUGCAUUCCGAGUAUGCCGCAGUUCGGGAGAUGUUGGCCAAUGGGCUGAUAUGCGAUCGUUACCUGGAGUAUAUCUUCAUGCCAGGCGAGACUAUUAUAGAGAAGAAUGAGGAGGGCGACGAAGCGUACGAUAAGACAUACUUGCAAAGUUCUUGGCCUGUGAUGAAGGAGAGGUCGCAGCCUAUCUCCGGGAACGAGGACGAGUCCAAGUUGGCCAUGGAGAUUAGCUUCUACGCUAAUACCUGGAAGUUCGAUGGUCACUUCAGCAAGGCGACAGAAGGAAAGAGUAUUGUUCAGCCCCUAGUAUCGGACGGUACUUACCUAAUCCGUGGUAUGGCUGCUUAUCCGACUCGGUACGCGGAAGAAGCAACAAAGGAGAGGCUCCUGCGUAGAGGACAGAUGUUCUGGGAUUGUCGGUUCAGACGAUAUGUCUCAUACUGUGGUUGGAACUACAAUCACAACGAGUACACAAACGUCCGGUUCAUGAUUGAUAUCAACACCUUCAGGCUGACCCAUCCGGAGGCAGAUUUCUUUAAAGAGAGUGGUCGACUGAGAAACGAUCUCGAAUCGGGGGCCAUGGAGAAAGACGAACCACCAAACGAGGAGUUCUUGAUGUUGCUUCCGAAUAGUGCGUUCGGUUUUAACAUGCAAGAGAAGCAAUGGAUAAAGCUUCUAGUCGACUACAUGUUACCUGUCGAGUGGAACAAGGCGGCGUUCAGGAAUUUGGCACUCGACGACGAAACUAAAGAGCUCAUCACCGCUCUUAUCACGAACAAGAUCGAGUCUGAGAAAUCCACGGAUCUCAUGGCUGGAAAAGGGAACGGCCUGAUCAUGCUACUUCAUGGGGGCCCGGGGACUGGAAAGACUUAUACCGCCGAAGGCGUGGCGGAACUGGCAGAGAAACCACUGUACCGGGUCACAUGUGGCGAUAUCGGAACGAACCCAAUCGAUGUGGAGAAGUACCUUACGAAGGUAUUGCUGCUUGGCAAGAUCUGGAGCUGCGUCGUGCUUCUUGAUGAAGCAGAAGUCUUCCUUCAGGAACGAAACCUUGAGGACCUGCAAAGGAACGCACUUGUAUCUGUUUUCCUGCGAGAACUAGAGUACUACGAUGGCACUCUUAUCCUUACCAGCAACCGCGUAGCCACUUUUGACGAGGCCUUCAAGUCCCGCAUUCAGCUUGCCCUGCGCUACGAGUCGCUUCAAAAAGGGCAGCGGAAACAGAUCUGGACGAACUUCAUCGAGCGGCUUGAGUCCUUCGAAGCGGAGAAGAUCGAUAUUGAAGAUCUCCAUGCGCAUCUCGAUGACCUUUCGAAAUAUGAGAUGAACGGUAGGCAGAUACGGAAUGCUGUCACCACUGCCCGCCAGCUUGCCAAGUACAAGAAGAGGCCAGUGGACUUCGAGGCCCUCAGGCACGUUAUCAGUGUAUCCAGCAAGUUCGACAAAUACAUGAAGAACGUGAACGAAGGCCUUUCAGAUGAGGAUAUCGCCCGGGAGGAUCGGAUCAGAUAG